CGAUAGACAGUGGUGUUCGACAACGACAGAUGAGAAAAAAUCAGUGCAAUUGUUAGUAAGGCGUCAGUCGGGCCACAAACAACAAUUGCAAAUACAAGAAAAUGGCGUGCCUGAAAAUCUAUCUUGUUCUGCUCUUGGCAGUCGCAAUCGGCGUGGCUGUUGCAAAACCAGGAUACUUAGGAUACAGUUACUAUCCGUAUUCCUAUGGAUAUAAAUUCCCGUUCUAUGGAGGAUAUGGACAUGGGUAUGGAGGGUAUGGACAUGGGUAUGGACAUGGGUAUGGAGGAUAUGGACAUGGAUAUGGACAUGGCUAUGGACAUGGCUAUGGACAUGGCUAUGGAUUUGGAUAUCCGUUCUACGGUGGUUACGGUCAUUAUGGUGGUUACGGUCAUGGUUAUGGCUACCAUGGUUAAGGUGGAUACAAAACACGGCCUUCUUCUGGAUUCUCUCUGAAAUACUGUCUGAAGAGUGAGCUCAAUUCAAAGAUGAUCUACGUCGUUUUCUUUCCAUCGAAUCUUUUUGUUGCCAGGAUUAAUCCAACGCCACAAAGAAUAUAACUGUCCACGUAAUGCUUGUGUUACAUUGUACACGCAACUAUCUACGGCAAAAUUUUAAGAAAAUAAGGACAAAAUUCUUUAAAAAAUAA